AUAUGUCAAAAGUGUAAUCAAAACAAAAAGUUUACACGCCCAUGAAUUGAUUACUAAUAAUAAUAAUAAUAAUUACAAAAGUGGUCUUUUUAUAAAUCAUGAAAUUAUUUUGGUUUUGUUUUAUUAUCAUUUUUAUAAAGUCUCAAAUAAAUUAUAGUGAGGCAGUAAGAUGUUACCAAUGUGGUUCUGAUAACCCACAUGACGAUAAUUGUGGUGCAUAUAAAAAAUUUGAUAAAAUAAAUCAUAUAGCAAUUGAUUGUAAUAGUGAAGAAAGUCAUAUGCCUGGUUCAUUUUGCAUGAAAGUCACUCAACAAAGUCCCAGAGGAUUUGUUUGGGAUGGUAGAUGGAGGCAAGUCAUUAGGAGGUGUGCAUCUGUUGCAGAAACUGGUGUCACUGGAGUUUGCAAUUGGGGUGUAUAUGAAAAUGGUAUUUAUUGGGAAGAAUGCUAUUGUUCUGAAGAUGAAUGCAAUGGUGCUAAUAUCAGUACAGUAUCAAUAUUACUAACUGUUACUUGUUUAACCGUUUUAAGGUAUAUUAUAGGAUAAACAAAACAUAUUUCUAGGAACAAAACAUUAAAAAGUAUUUUUCACUAAAUAGUAGGUAAAAAGGCAACUGUAUUAAUGAAUUUUUAAAUUCGUUUGUAUGAAAACUCAUAUCACACAUUUUUCAACUUUCAUGUAAGAAAAUUCAAAUGGAAUAAAUUCAUUAUUGCAGUUCCUAUACAUAUAAAAAAUCUCGAAACAUGUUGAAUUUGAAUUAAGCAUUGAUAUUAACAGGCAUAAUUGUCUAUUUUUUAUAUGGAAAGUUAUUUUAAUUAAUUAUCUAGUAUCUAUUCUCAUUUCUCGUAUUUACUUGUUUCUAAGUUUGGCCGUGGUCUUUGCAUUUACUUUCAAUUUAUUUGGUCUCUUUUUUUUAUUUCAUCUGAUCAUAUUUUACCUUUCUGAAUCCCUAUUGUAAUAAUAAGAUUGUUAUAUAAUGUCCAGAAUUAUCUACAUCAAUUGAUUAAUUAAUUAAGUACAUCCUAAAAGGGUACGGCUCUGUGAUUUUUUUUUAAACCGAUUAACUAGACAACAGUUUCAUGUGAGAAAGGAGAAAAAUCAAAACCUUUUUACAUGUAUAUGUCAAAACAGUUUUGAUUACCUACAGAGAUCUUGGGGUCAUUCAUUCUAUAUGAAUAAAGAGUAGUUGAGAAUUGUAAGUGAAGAUUAUAAUUCUUCAAUUUUCAAUUAUUUAGACUAUUUCCUUCGAAAAAUUUAAGCCAACCAAAAAGCUGUAAAAUUUUAUGUUUACCUAGCAACGAUCAAAUUUCAGCGAUAAUACUGCACUAGUGCAAAUUAUCGAUAAUUUGCACUAGUGCCAAAUUUUCGUCUAGGAUUAAUAAACAUCAUUUGGUUUUAAUUUUAUAUUUUAAGAAAAGGAACAAUGAUUGAAAAUGCAAUUAGAAUAUACAACUUUACUGGAGGCCGACGAUGGUGUUUCUAUGCUGCUUCCACCACUUCUUAUUGUUACUUCGCUACUGUCAUUUCGCAUUUUUUGUACAAUUUCCUCGUGGUGUUCACUAUUUACUUGGAGGUAACUCUUUAUCGAGACCUGAUUUGAGUGUCCGGUAACCUUCAUAAUUUGAUUUUCUGAAACCCCAACCUUGGCAAGCUGAGUAACUGCCGCAGCACGGUUCGAGUGAUUUGUCACUUUUAUUCUUUUCGUGUCAAUUCCUAUAGCUUCCGCUGCAUCUCUUGUCCACUUUGAAAUUUCAUUUCGUCCUACUGGACAAUUUUUAAAAAAACCUUUUGAUGUUUCUUUCAUCCAUGAUGGGUUUACAGUUAAGAAAAGAUGAUCGACCGUAAUAUGUUUUCCUCUUUUUUCUUUCAACAUUUUAAAAAGCCUGCAAAAUUAUAAUGAUAGAUUGUUUGAUAUCAUGCCAUCUUUUUUCUGUUAACCUAUGACUCCCUCCUUGCGCUGUCUUAGAAAAAAUAGGAUUAUAAGCUAUGCGUCCUGUAGGGUUGCCGUAGUUGUCAAAUUCUUCUUCAAAGUAACUCAAAAGGCAAUUACAUGCUUCUCCUCCUCUCCACGCCAGUUUAUAUGAAGCAAUAUGAAAGAACUUGCGUUGAAGUCCGUCCGGAGUCGACUCGUCCCAAAUGGCACACAUUUUAUCAAUAUCUUGUCCUGAUAAGCUAGAUGCACUUGUUUUUCUUUUUUUCAGGACACUUUUGCAACUGCUUCCUUUUUGCGUCUCUCGCAGUUCUGGCGCAUUCAAACGUUACAUCUUUAAAAGGAUCGAAAAUAAUGUUAACAUUUUUGUUGCAAAAUUUUCGCUACUGUAUUCCAAAGUUUUUUGACAACACCUUCUUUAUAUUCUUCCCCAUCACUACGUCUCUGUGCGACAGAUGUUUCCAUGUUCAAAGUGUAUUUUCGUUCAUCACAAAAUUGUUGAAACUGUCGCCACGCAGAAUCUCUCGACUUUUUCGUAUUCAGUGGAGUUAGUUUAUCCACUGCGGCGUCUAUUACUUGCGUGGAAUUCUGCCCAAAACGUAAACUCAUUUUGAAAUAUUUUUUCACGAACAAAACUGUUGUCAAUAAGUUACCGUAGAUACCAAUUCAAUGCCAAUAUGAUGAUCGUCAACUACGGUAUAAUUUAAAGAAUAACAAAUUUUAAACACAGAAUUAAGUUUAUUUUACAUUAAAUUUUUCUCAGGAAAUAGUCUGCCAAAAUGCCCUCUCGUGCAUGUCUCGAGAAAACUAAAUUAUCGACAAUUUGACAUGCACUCGGGACAUUAAUAUUGAGAAAUUCUAAAAAUGUUAUACUUUUCUACUUGAUAAACGUUACAGUUUUUCAUGAGUUAUUGUUAUUCAAUUUACGAAAAAAAGUGUAUAUAAAGAAAUAAUCUUGAUAUUAGAUAUUCUAUCAGCUCUAAAAGUUGAUGUACAUAAUUCUGGAACUCUUUUUAUAAUUUCAUAUAGGUGUUUAUAGCUUAUAACAAUUAUUUCAAAUGUGAUACUUGCUUUUCAUGAAAUAUUUAUUAUUCUUAUCAAUGAAUCCUUAUUUUGGUUUUUUUCUCAAAAUCAAUUGCAUUUCUUAAUGAAAAAAUUUGUUUUAAUUUUUUUAUCUAAUGUUAAAAUGAAAUAUUUUUCAGAGGUUAUAAAACAAUUUCGCAACUAUUAUGAACCAUUUUCUCGUUCAGCUGAAUUAGCAGCAAAAAUAUUACAAUUUUUCUAUAGUAUUUAGUAUGGAGGGUAAAGGUAAGGAGAACCAUCUCUGUGCUACAAAUUCUUUACGUUAGGGAGGCGCUACUAGCGCAUAAGUGUUAAUUUUAAAUAAAGCGCUAGUAAUUCAAGAAGGACAGAGAAAGAAAGAAGUGAUAAUUGACACUGUUUUUUUAGAAAUUCACAAUAAUUAAUUAACAUUCGGCGUUAUCUCAAAUUAGCUUUUCUAGGUUAUAUUUACAAAAUUAUUUUGUACUUUAUGAAUAGUUUAGAUUUUGUAUACCAAUAUUUAAUUAACGACUCUAAUCAUUUAAAAUUUUUUAACACUGCAUACUACAUACACACAAUUUCCCUUGAGACGAGCCCGUCCCUCUAGGCAUCCACCCCCGGAUAAAUCCACGAGUGGGUAUGAAGAAGAACAUUCCACCACCCCCUGUCAUUUCGACAGGUCCUCAUCCUAUUUCGCGUCGCAGUUUCGCGCGUAGACUCCUUCCUCUCCCCUGAGGUCUAUGGGCGAUUCUGGGAUGUCUUAUC